CGCGUCAAUAAUUGAAGACAGGAAGUUUGACACUUCCUCACAAUUUCAUGAAUACACAUUGCCCUUUCACAUUUGCUCACAUCCAAACUCUUCAAGUAAAAAAGGCUCAUUUUUGGCUUAGCGAAUCCAGAGAGAAGCAAACACUGAAACAAUUAUGUUGGCUUCCAUGGCCAACCGAGGAGCCUCUUCUUCUUCUGCUCCUUUCACCAAAUCAUGGAAAUACCAUGUCUUUCUGUGCUUCAGAGGCGAAGACACGCGCCACAACUUCACAGACCAUUUGUAUAGCGCUUUAUGUCAACAAGGCAUUAAUACCUUCAGGGAUGAUGAUGAGCUCAGAAGAGGAGAAGAAACAUCAAGCGCGCUUCUCACAGCAAUUGAAGAAUCAAGGAUUUCUGUCGUUGUGUUCUCUAAAAACUAUGCCUCUUCAAAGUCGUGUUUGGAUGAACUUGUUAAGAUUCUUGACUGCAAAGAAUCAAAUCAACAACUGGUCAUGCCAGUUUUUUACAAGGUGAAUCCGUCAGAUAUACGGAAUCAUAGAGGAAGCUUCGGGGAUGCACUGGCUAACAUGGACUGCAAUAAUGUGGAGAAGAUCAACAGAUGGAAGGAAGCUCUUUCACAAGCAGGAAAAUUGGCGGGGUUCACUCUGUCCGAUGAACAUAGAUCUGAAGCUGAACUGAUUCAUAAAAUCGUUCAACGCAUUUCACGGGAAGUAAUAGACCGUACAUAUUUAUAUGUGACAGAGUAUCCAGUUGGAAUGCACCAUCCUGUAGAAGAUAUAACUAAGCUUUUAGAUUUGGGGGAAAAAGAUGUUCGUAUGGUAGGGAUAUGGGGAACUGGUGGAAUUGGUAAGACCACAAUUGCUAAAGCUGUUUAUAAUUCAAUUGUCCAUGAAUUUGAAGGUAGUUGUUUUCUGGAAAACGUUAGAGAACGUGCAAUGUGGCAGAGAGGAGGUUUAGCCAAACUACAAGAGAAUCUUCUUUCUGACAUUUUAAGGGGAAAUUUUUUUGAGGUGCCCAACGUUCAUAUAGGAGCCACUAUGAUACGGGAAAGGUUGAGUGGUAGAAAGAUUCUCUUGGUUCUUGAUGACGUGGAUGACAUGGAACAGUUACACAAGUUAGUUGGGGCAUGUGAUUGGUUUGGUGCAGGCAGUAGAAUUAUCAUAACAACAAGGAAUAAGCAACUGUUAACUGCUCAUGAUGUUAAUUUAAUACACGAGGUCAAGAUUUUAGAAUAUUAUAAAGCUCUUGAGCUCUUCUGCUGUCAUGCCUUCAAAAGAAGUGGGCCUCCUUUGGGUGAUUAUGUGAAACUUGCAGAACGUGCACUACGCUAUGCUCAAGGCCUUCCUUUGGCUUUGAAAGUUCUAGGUUCUUGUCUAUAUGGUGGAAGUAUUGAUAUUUGGGAAGCUGCAUUACAUGGUUUCAAAAGCCCGAAAAUUCAAAAUGUUCUCAAAAUAAGUUACAAUGCAUUGGAUCAUAGCGUACAACAGGUUUUCCUUGACAUUGCAUGUUUCUUUAAGGGUAAAAGUAGAAUGCGUUUGACAAAAAUAGUUGUAGCUUGUGACCCCAGAGCUAGGUAUAGCAUUGAAGUACUCAUGGAAAAGGCACUCAUAAGUGUUGAAGGAGAUUAUAUUUGGAUGCAUGACUUACUAGAAGCGAUGGGUAAGGACAUAGUUCAGCAAGAGUCGCCCGAUGAACCUGGAGGUCGUAGCAGAUUGUGGUCUCAUGAAGAUAUCGAGCAUGUUUUGACUAAUGAUACUGGAACAGAAAAAAUCACAGGCAUUAUGUUAAAUUCCCCUGAAAUGGAUUAUGAGAUAUUCUUGGAUGUUGACUGCUUCUCAAAGAUGAAAAAUCUUAAAAUUUUCAUGAAUUAUAACGUAUGUCUUUCUGGAAACAUUGGUUAUCUCCCAAGCAUGUUGAGAGUGCUUGAUUGGCAUAGAUGUCCACUCCAAUCUUUUCCACCUAAUUUUCGUCCAAAGGGACUAGUUGUGCUCAAUCUGCCUUGCAGCCACAUCAAACAACUACGGGAGGGAUUGAAGCAUUUCACAAAGUUGACAUCUUUGAAUUUAGAGUGGUCUAAAUUCCUAACUGAAAUCCCCGACCUAUCCGGCAACCCAAACUUAAGGUACUUGAAUGCGAGUUAUUGUGAAAGUUUAGUUGAGGUUCAUCCAUCUGUUGGAUAUCUCGAUAAACUUCAAGUAUUGGAUUUUUAUGGCUGCCGUGAACUCACCAAGUUUCCAAAUAAAGUCUGGUGGAAAUCUCUGGAAUGGUUGGAUCUUAGCAAUUGCAAAAAGUUGGAGAGUUUCCCAGAAAUUGUGGACAAAAUGGAAUCCUUAAUUGAAUUGGACCUUGGGAGAACUGCUAUAAAAGAGUUGUCUGCAUCAAUUGGACAUCUAACUGCACUUGAAGCGUUAUCUUUAAAAGGAACUGCAAUAGAAGAGUUGCCUUCAUCAAUUAAAGAUCUCACUGAGCUUGAAAUUUUAGAUUUAGAAGGAUGUGAAAACCUUGCAAAUCUGCCACAAAUUAUUUAUGGGUUGCAAAAGCUCAAUCGACGCCCGAAACUUGUCACAUUUCCAAAUAAAUUGAUCUCUGAAGUUUUAUCGAGUGUAGAAUCACUUCCUUUGGAGGUUCGAUCCAACGCAAGUAGUCCACGCGAUGGCGACUUGUUAAGUUUAUGGUCCAACUUAACAAUAAUUAAUCUAUCCAAUAGCAAUUUUGUCAGUCUUCCUGUGUGCAUUAGCAAAUGUGUCAACUUGCAGUGGCUUGAUUUGAGUGGUUGCAAGAAGCUUGUAGAAAUUCUAGGACAACUUCCAGCGUCUAUAGAAAGUAUCAAUAUGGCUGAGUGCAUAUCACUGGAAAGAUUUUCAACAUUAUCAAAGAUAUUGGAAGACGGAGACAUGCAACAUAUCGAUUACAUGAAUUUGUCCAACUGCCAUAAGCUAUGCGAUAAUAUAGGGUUGGACGCUGCAAAGAUGGCAAAUAUUUUAGUGAAGCAGCCAGCAGUCAAUACCGGACAUUUUAUUAAUGUUUUACUUCCAGGCAGUGAAGUUCCAGAGUCGUUCAGUUUUCGCAAGGACGUAGGUGUACUUCUUCCAAAUAAUAACGAUCAUUUGUUGGACUUUCCGAUUGAAAUACCUUGGACUUCCUUAUUGGAGAACAUGGUUUUGUGUACUGUUUGUGAACCUACGGAAUCAUUUAUUAGGCCGUGCUUUCCUGGAUUGUCACUUUCGAAUUUGAUCGAUGGAGUCUUGGGAUUUCCUGGUGAUGGUUACUCAGUGUCAGAAGGAUUGACAGGGGCAGGUCAUGUGGAGCUGCGCUAUAUUCCAUUACCUGCUCACACGAAGCGAAAGAGGGCUCUUCAUCGAAUUAUUAAUGUUUCCUACAGAGGCGGCAGAGGGCUCUUCAAAAGCUUUGGGGCCGACCUGUCUCGUAUGCCGAAGGAUGGUUUUGGUUUUUGCUCAAUGCCAGAGGACGGUGAUGAUGAUGAAAAUGGAGAUGAAGAUGAAUUAGAUGAUGUAGGUGAUGAAGUUCGACCCAGAAAGAGAAAAAAGACGACCCCCCCUCUGCAUUUCAAUGCAUCAAUCUGAAUCUGAGUUUAUCCAAAACAUCAUUGAAGAGAUUUCAAAACACGUAUUAAACCGUGUGCCUUUG